AUGAUCACCAACAAGCUGGCCAUUGGCAGUUUGUCCCUAGGCCAACACCCUUCUCAUUCACUGGAUCAUAAAAUCCACGUUGCAGCCCAACACGGAUAUGCUGGGAUCGAGAUAGUCUUUUCCGACUUGGAGAGAUACUCUCAGUCAAAUAAACUAUCUGUCUUGGCAGGUGCUCAGGCAAUAAAAGCGAUAUGUGACGAACGUGACCUGGCCAUUCUUUCGUUAGCUCCCUUCGAAAAUUACGAGGGAGACCGGUCACCGUUGGUUGACAGGCUGCAGAAGGCUAUGCGAUGGAUCGAAGUCGCUAGAAUGCUACAUGCGCCUUAUUUGCAAGUUCCUGCCCAUUACGGUACCGAUGCCGUGGGCGAUGAAAGUGUGAUUAUAUCCGAAUUGCGACAACUAUCCAGUCUGGGGAGCGCCAAGCAACCCCUUGUCUCGAUUGCAUAUGAGCCCAUGUCUUGGUCAACCCAUCAUUCAACAUGGGAAUCUUCGUUGGAGCUAGUUCAUGCAGUCGACCGGCCAAACUUCGGGUUGUGCCUCGAUACUUUUCACUUGAUCACGAAAGUGUGGGCCGACCCCUUUGCCCUAUCGGGCAAGUAUCCAGACGCGGACAAGAUUCUGGAUGACUCGGUACGUCGGUUCGUGCGUGACUGUCCGCUCGACAAAAUCUUUUUUAUUCAAUUGUCCGACGGCGAGAGGUUUGAUCCUCCUUUCUCAACGGACCACCCAUGGUAUGUGGAAGGCGAAGCACCGCAAUUUACCUGGUCCAAGCAUGCACGCCCAUUUCCUUUCGAGGCUCAUCUGGGUGCAUAUAUGCCAGUUGCUGAAGUGGCGAGAGCAUGGAUUGUCGAAAAAGGCUAUACUGGCUGGGUGUCCUUGGAGAUUUUUGAUCGACGAAUGCGCGACAAGACCAGCCAACCAGAAGACGCCGCUACCCGGGGUAUGGAUUCACGGAGGAAACUCAAAACAGAACUCGAUUCUAAUGAGUCGAAGCUUUAG